GCUCUGGUCUGCUCUGUGUGCCAUACGACGCGUGCUAUCUCUCCCCUCUCAACUCGUACCAGCGAAGCCUAGUCUUCUUCAGAAGCGAUGGCCGCUGCGCUCUUCAGGCCACGGUGCGGCUUCUUGGUAUGGUGCUGCUGCUGGGUGCUAGUUGGCGCAGCUGCCGCUUCUCGACGUAUCAGAACCAGCACCAGCACGAGCGGGGGAUUGGCAUUCCACUUGCGUUCGGCCCCAUGGGCGCGAGCAGGAGGGUCGCGCGACGCAAGCAGCAGCGGGAGGGGCAGGGAUACCGCCGCGUUGGAGGAACUGGCUGGGACCGGGAUCGACAGGAGAAAGGCCCUGUUUGCGAGGGGAAGCACAACAGAAACAACAACAACGGGGAUGUCGGUUUCCUUGCAGCCGAGGCGUUACUACCCCCGGUGGGGACAACAUGACGAUGGGGCCCCCGCCAGCCCCUUGACGUACCGGCAAUCCCCCGACCAAAAGCAGCAGCAACAGCAACUGCAGCAGCAGCAGCAGAAUGGAUCCGUCCCCGAUCGGCCGGCUACGACGCCGGCGGCGGCGGCAACAACGCCAUCAGCAGCAGCCACGACAAACGGCAGUGGUCCGCAGUCGGGGGGCGAGGGCGGUGGCGGCGGAGGGGGGCGAAAGACGGGGGGGGGAGGGGCGGCCAACGCGGCCCCUCGGAAGCGCUUCAACGGGCUGCUUGCGGAUCGCUUCCAGCACCCUUUCGAUCUGGUGCGUACACGGGAGUCGUGUAUUUUUGACCAACCCAUUUCUUGAUCGCUUGUUUGGCUGACUCUCCUUUAACCCUUUUGUGACGGGAUCUUCCGAGGGUCUUUUUUUUCUUAACUGAGCGAAUAGACCGCUGACAUCGUCAAGGCCAAGGCUGUGGAACACACAUACUUCAACCACCGUCUCCCGUUCUCUACACACCCUACCGGUAUCUCCCAAAUGCACUCGAGUACACAUGGUCGCAUCCACACGCCACUCCCUUGCUCACACAAACCUUUGGUAUGUAACAGCAGACCAACACACAUCAGGGCUCUCAUCGGUGAUUGCUGUACGAGCUGGGCGUGAACUGGGGGGCUCGAUCGAGAGAGGCAGACACAUUUUCUUCGCCCCGCACUGCUGCUGUNCUACCGGUAUCUCCCAAAUGCACUCGAGUACACAUGGUCGCAUCCACACGCCACUCCCUUGCUCACACAAACCUUUGGUAUGUAACAGCAGACCAACACACAUCAGGGCUCUCAUCGGUGAUUGCUGUACGAGCUGGGCGUGAACUGGGGGGCUCGAUCGAGAGAGGCAGACACAUUUUCUUCGCCCCGCACUGCUGCUGUUGUGAACUGAACAUGGGUAUCCACAUGGGAUAGCUCUAGUAAUAUCACUGCUGUCCGCCCGCGGCCGAGGCAGCACACCCCGCCCGCGAGGCCUGGCACCUCCUAACGUUCCACGUUCAGUGCUCCUUCGUUCGGAGCGACGAGACAUGUCCACGCACGAACGAAUGUGACAUCGGGAAUAAAAACGAAAAAAUAUCCAACCGUCGGCAGCACACCAGCAGCAGAAGUAGCAGCAGUAGCAGUAGCAGCAGACCUCGUGGUAUGACAUUCGGUUGAAAAGAGACGCCGAUACGCAUACGUAGAGGAGACCCGUCGAGAGGCAUCGCAAGGUGGACCCUUACUCCUGGCGCCAGCGACAACUUGGGCACAAAACGAAAUAAAAAGUCUGUGUGUACGAAUCGAAAAAAAACGCAAUAUCGGGUCAAAUAGAAUAAAAUCGUGCAAAAUUAUCAAUUUCUAUACUACAGAUAGAGGGGGAAGGUCGGAACUGUGAUCAGAGUUGUUGUCCCGAAAACCCUUGCUAUUGUGAGCGAAAAGUGGCCGGGGACGAUAGUCUCCUUGCCGCUUCUACCUCUCUACCUUUAGGCACAAUAGCAGCAGCAGAUGUAAAACCCAAUCACAACCAUCAUCAUGGACCCAGAGGAAGUUGCUUAGCUUUGGCAGCACAAAGCACACCAAUGGCAUCCCGAGACGGCUCCACGUGUUGUCUGGGAUGAGCUGCUGGCCAUCGCGAACUCCACGCCAGACCAACUUCCCGACGCCACGGCUGCUGCAGCCCGGGCGGUAGGACAGCGCUACUGUCAACACGGGGCAGCAGAGCCGUAGCCCCUACCCGA